CAAUGGGUCACGCUUUCUGGGCUCCUUACAUGAGAUACCCUACCCUAUAUCUUUGCUCAUGAUUCUUUGGGCCAAACUUUGAACUGUUUCUACGUAUAAUUCUGUUGCCUCGGAAGUUUGCUCUACGUCAAUGACUUUCAUCUGUAUUCGGUUAGGCAACUUUAUUUUUAUAUCUAUGAUCAAGUGCGUGACGGGGAACCUAACUCAGAAUUUCCUUUUCGAAAACUAGAAAGAAGGUAAUCGAUUUAUCAUCAAAUCAAACGUGAGUGAGCUGAAAGGUUGUUACUGAUAACAAAAUGUAACCGAGAUCGCGAGUGACAAUUUGGUAUGUUACGGUCUAAGAUGUGUGUGUGAUGAAUUGACUGCGAACAUAUCGGAUUUCUGUGAGUAGGUAUCCCACCCACCCCGCAGGUGGUUUGAGUAUGAUGACAAAGGCCAGCUGCGCGAUACUUAACCUGUCCCGAGUCAGAUACUUAAGCCUUAUCACCAUUUUCUCAGCCGUCGUGAGUCGUGUGUCGCCCACCAACUUUUCUGGCCAGAAUCGAAAAUGCCCGAAUAUAGUGACGUUACUCGACUAAGCAGAACGAAUGAACAUUCAAAUAUGAAUCUUGAUGCCCCUCACGGUUCUCUAUCAUCCACUCGCAACUCAUCAUUUCUGACAAUGACUACCGAUACAUCAUAUUCGCGAGAGGAUGAGGCAUGUGGCACCAGUCACCUUCCAUUAAACGUCGCACAGAAUGUCACAUAAAACUGGUCAAAUCCGACGAGACUUGCCUGUCACUUCCGUUUUACUUGAUGGUGGCGCGGCUCUGUCGUGUUCAGUUGUGCUGUGUUGUGUUGUCACAGAUGCAAGCAAGGUCUGCAGAUGUUAGACACAGGAGUACAGUCCACUCAUCGUAACCCAAUUGGCUCGGAGGAAGCAUCUUGGAGCUAAGGGACAGCAUGUGGUGGGAAAGGGUUGUUGUGAGGAGAGAGCUAAACUUAUUUCAACUUGCAUGGUUCUCCAGUUGUUGCUGUCAACAACAACUGACUUCCCACCGACUCCAGAAACUCGAACCUUUAGCAACAGUAUGAUCUGCGCCAUGAUAAACUUUCCGGCGUCACUGUCAUAAACUCAGUUUAUGAUGGAGAAUGUCUGUAUGAACGAUCCGCAAAGCCAAUGAUCAGGGCAAGGGUGGUAGUCUCGGCCAAAGAUCCGAGAAUGAUACCAAUCAUAGUGCAAGUAGGAAUUCACGUAAUAUCCGUGCAUUAAAGCCAAACAAACCCCUCCUUGCCCGCCCGUUCACACGUCCUCAACAGCAAUCGAGUUUCCCGUGAGACUGGAGGAUCCCGCUUCCAAUAAACACUCUGGGACCUGUGGCGUAGUGUAGUGUUCGUUCUGCUGCAGCGUGGCAUCUCAAAGUGCCAAGGAUAGGUCUGUGACAGGGAGGGGAGCACGAGGGAAAAGGGCGUGCGCUAACUACCCGUCUUAGACUGUCGUCCAAAAAAAAAAAAAAAAAAGGGUGUCACAGCGUCAGGCGAAAGAACCAAAAACUGUAAUGAGAAAGCAGAAGAAGGGGGACUUCAAGGGGAGGCGUUGAGGCUUUGAGGCGUUGCAAGGUGUAUUUCUAGCAAACCAACCAAUGCAGCCACAGGGCAGCCCCGCCCAAACGGAGCCAGCAGAUUGCCCCGGACCGCCUAGCACCCACCUGGCUCAGAGGGUGGGGACCCACUUGGAGGCUAGCCGCUAGAGGCUGAUAUCUACUAAGGUACCCAUGCACUACGUCCAUGCUUUAGGUCGGGUUCUUGCUUCAGCACCACUCGCUUCCGUUUCCUCCUCGGCCAGGCCUCUCUUUUUUUCUCCCUCUUACUCUUCCAUCAAAACAUCAUCACAAUUAAUCACAUCUUACCCGAAACGUCGACAACUGGCCAACCCGUCGGCGCAUAUCAUAUCCUACGACUAUCUGAGCUGGCCCUUGCUCAUCAAGGGCGUCCACACGCUUCGAUUUUAUCGGCAUCUGUCCAGUUCGCGUUCCUUGGUUCGCGUCUGUAUUUAAUUGCCUUGCGUCGGUAGCCAACGCCAACAUCCUUGAUCAACCAGUCUUGACUUGGCACCCAGCCUCGCGCGCCAACUCAUCGACGACGCCGAAUACGCGAAGCGUAGCGCGAUAAACAAUUUCAUUAUCGUCGACCUCGCCGCAAUUGACUUUCGUCUCAACAGGCCUCGUUCUCGAACUACUCAUCGCUGAGACCCGCCUUGCGCAAUGUCGAUGUAUCCGCAUCGCGCCAUGGGGGGCGGCCCCCAAGGCAAUUCCACUCGGCUGAACGAGUUGCUCGAACAGAUCAGGGUCGAGUUUGAUACUCAGAUGCGCGCGACGGAAAACUACGAGCAUCAGAGUAUGUCUACUACUCUUGCCGCGCAAGUCAGCGAAAUGCAACUGGUUCGUGAAAAGGUGUAUCAGAUGGAGCAAACUCAUCUCAGCCUCAAGCAGAAGUAUGAAGAUGAGAUCAGUGCUCUACGACACCAACUCGAGGCUGCUCGAAAGGGAGGCAUCCAGCCUGGCAUUCCCGGCCCGCCUCAACAUGCAGCGCCCUCCCAGCAGCCUCCUUCUAUCGCUCCUGGCAAUGGUCUUUUUAGUGGCAUCAUGGCUGGCGGUAGCCAGGGAGGUCUCGUUCCUCCUCAGCCAGGCCAGCAGCAGGGUCAGCAGGGCCAGCCCCAGGGUGCGCAACAGCAGCAGCAAACGCAGCAGGGACAUGCUCCUCAGGAGCAGCCGCUGGGACCUCAACACCAAAUGGGCCAAGGGCCUCCUGGACUUCCCGUCCCUCCUCCUCACCCUAACGCGCAGCAAGCACCUUACUCUCAGAACUAUCCUCCGGGCCCCGUUUCCAAUGGGAUGGGCCCCCAGCCCCAGAGCACCGCCUCUCCCGGCCCCGGUAGAAGGGGUAUCGGUCGUCCACCAGGUGCCGUCGGACCUGCUACUCCCCAGGUUAACACCCCCGUGCCUUACCCUGGAAGUGCAGCCUCCCCUCAAGUCAGCCAUCCGACCCCCGAACACGGCCGAAUGGGAGGCCCACAUGCUCCCGCCGUUGGCAACGCUCUUGGAGACCUUGAAGUUGACUCUGUGGCCCCUCACAACAAGAAGACUGGGCAGGAUUGGUAUGCGAUUUUCAACCCUCAAGUCCAGCGUGUUCUCGAUGUGGACCUCGUCCACUCUCUCAACCACGAAAGUGUCGUAUGCUGCGUCAGGUUCAGUCAUGAUGGCAAAUAUGUUGCAACUGGUUGCAAUCGAUCUGCCCAGAUCUUUGAUGUUCAAACUGGUGAAAAGGUUUGCGUGCUCGAGGACCAUAAUGCCUCUGAUAUGAGCGCCGAUCUCUACAUCCGCAGUGUCUGCUUUAGUCCCGAUGGUCGCUACCUGGCUACUGGUGCUGAAGACAAGUUGAUUCGAGUAUGGGAUAUCCAAACUCGAACCAUUCGAAAUCACUUCUCUGGUCACGAGCAAGAUAUUUACUCGCUCGACUUUGCUCGUGAUGGUCGAACAAUUGCCUCGGGCAGUGGUGAUCGAACUGUACGCCUGUGGGAUAUUGAGCAAGGCACAAACACUCUCACUCUGACAAUAGAGGAUGGCGUCACGACUGUCGCCAUCUCUCCCGAUACCCAAUUCGUCGCUGCAGGCUCGCUCGACAAGAGUGUACGUGUAUGGGACAUCCAUUCCGGCUUCCUUGUCGAGCGUUUGGAAGGACCUGAUGGUCACAAGGACAGUGUUUACUCGGUUGCCUUCUCGCCCAGCGGCAAGGACCUAGUUUCUGGCAGUCUCGAUAGGACUAUCAAGAUGUGGGAGCUCAGCGCUCCUCGUCAAGGAAACCAGCCUGGCCCCAAAGGUGGCAAGUGUGUCAAGACAUUCGAGGGCCACCGCGAUUUUGUCUUAUCAGUUGCUCUCACCCCUGAGGCCAACUGGGUACUUUCUGGCUCCAAGGACCGGGGUGUCCAGUUUUGGGACCCUAGAACAGGUACGACGCAACUCAUGCUGCAGGGACAUAAGAACUCCGUCAUCAGCGUCGCACCUAGUCCACAAGGAAGAUACUUUGCCACUGGCUCUGGCGACAUGAAGGCUCGUAUCUGGUCUUACCGUCCCUAUUCCUGACUAAACAAGGAACCGGCUCAAUGGGUUGCUUUUUAGAUGCUGUGUCUAGAGAAUGACAUGGUUACGAACAAGGGCGAACUGAUACACGACGGAGAAAAAGUGAUGUGCUUGGCGGCGGUGGUUGUACUGGGACGGAUAUCUUUGAGGGGAAGCAUUCUGCUUUUCACGUGGUGGCUAAACAGAGUGAGCGACAGAAAUUCUUGUUACUUGGAUAUCGGAUACAGGAAUCAAGCUCCAUACGCUCAACUUACGGCGCGAAGCAUGAUCUUCCACAGAGGCGCACAGGGAUACGGGGAAUUUGGAGAGCAGGAUGAACGUAGAGUGGGCCAUAUCUGCUCGUUUGCAACUUUUUUUGUUUCUAAUUUUGCAGUGUGUUAUAAUGAAAAUCACCAGUCCUUGAAACAGUUUGCUGUAUCUGUAGUGGUUGCUGACAUGGUUGUUGUUCAUGAUAUGUAUUCGAAGCUGUAUCUAACUCGAAUUGUGUACGUAUAGUAAAUGGCAUAACAUCGUCAUAGAGAGUCGAAGAGGCUGGAAAAUGCGUCGCCUUUCUUCUUUUUCUUUUUCGGCUUAUCUGUAGUGCCAUUUUUCGAUGAAAGAGAGCCGAAGAGACUAGACAAUUCAUCAC